AUGACUAGAACAAAAAUAACUUUAGAACAAUUGCGUAGUCUAUUAACUACUAAAAUUACCGCAUUAGCCAAUGAACUAAAGGCACAGACCACAGACGUUCAGACUGCUCCUGUACGUUUUCCUAAAAUCGAACGAUUAUUCGAACAGUACGAUACUGCUGUCGACGAAUUGGAAGUUAACAAACCUGAGGACAUAGAAGUAGGACUCGCGGACGGAAUUUGUAAAAUUUAUUACGAGCUUGCAACUAAAAUAAAGACUCCUAAUCAAGAUAUUCUUAACACUACUAUUCAAUCUGCAAUUAACGCUUCAACUCUCAAUCGGACACUCGAAACUCAACGACUGGCGAAGCUCCCUACCACGGAUUUACCAAAAUUCGAUGGUAACUUUGAAAAUUGGCUUUCUUUUAAAAAUAGAUUUGAGACACUUAUCGACGGACGUAACGAUUUAGAUGAUCUUAAUAAGUUUUUAUACCUUCGUGGAUGUUUAGCUGGGUCUGCUGCAAACAAGCUCGCGCUUUUUAAUGCAAGUGCAGAAAACUAUACAAAGGCUUGGACCCUUUUAACAGAAACUUAUCAGAAGGAGCGCGCUCUAGUUUUUAAACAUUAUGACGCUCUUUUGAAUAUCAAUUCAAUAUCAAUUCCGACUAAUGAAAAUCUUACUAAAUUCAUAGAUGAAGCUCGACAACACUUGAAUGAUUUAGAGUCAUUAAAAGCAACACCAACUGACGCAUUUACAGUAAGAUUAUUAGAACGUAAAUUACCAAUAGAAAUUAGAGACAAAUGGGAAGAAACGUAUAAAGACGAUAACACUCUCCCAUCAUUUGACGAGUUUAGCAAAUUUAUUAUAAAAACUGCUUUCCGACUCAGUACACGUAAACCUAACAAACAGCGUGACUGA